UUGACGGUCAGCGAUUUACCAGCCACACGCAAGCUGAGCGGUGCUAUGGGACUCAGCCACAAAGAACACCCCUGCCAGUAUUGUGAUAUCACAAAGGCUGAUAUCGACCUCCCAAGCGGGUAUGACUGGCGACACUUACCCAAGCAUGCCAGCGCGGCUACGAAGCUACAGGCGGCCUUUCAACACGAAGUGGGAACACCGGAUGAGCGACUCGCAAUAGAAGAGACUUAUGGCGUCCGCUACUCGAGUAUAGCACGGCUCAUCGGCUUCGAGCAUGCCAAAAGCUGUGCCCCUGACCCCCUCCAUAAUUCCUUUCUGGGCCAGGUCCGCAGUUUCGUAACGAUCCUGAUGGACAAUCAAAUGUUCGAGGGAGACAUCGAGGGUACAGAGCGUAUCGACAUUUUCGCCAGCUAUUUUGAGAACACGGAUUACCCUGGUCACCUCGGGCGAAUCCCGAACAGAAUCGCAAGACAGCUUGUCGGUCGAAGGAGGAAGAACACGCAAGUCCAGGUCGGCUCGGCGUUGACUGCCGAUCAGUGGAAAAGGAUUUCGCAGUUACUGCCGGGAGCCCUUUUCGCCGCCUGGCGAUCGGAGGGCAGCAACAUCAUACCUGACGAGGAUAUGCCCAUCGAUACGACAGAGGAGGAGCCUCGACCCUUUCGGAGAAACAGGGCCGUUUGGUACCGGAUAGCCGUAUCCCUGUGUGCUGGGCUACGGAUCCUACACGCUCAUAGUAUAUCUAUUGCGGAUGCCGAAGGCGCUGUCGAAGUAAGUGCCCAUCUUACGAUAAAUUGGCACAUCGCGAUGCACUACGCCGAUUUCGUCCGCCUGUACGGGCCUCUGUCGGGUUUCACAUGCUUCGCCUUCGAACGAAACAACGGAACGCUCAGUCGCGUCAAUCACAACGGUAAAACCGGGUCCGACUUGGCGGCAAUACUACAUCGCGCAUGG